UCGCCGCUCGGGAUAGGCGGGCGUGUGACGAUCGCUCGCGCUGACGGAGACCUUCAGAAGGGUUCGAAGGGGAGGGGGGGGCCAGGGCACGGCAGAAACCAAUCGGACGGCGCCAGGCGCUGUGCGUUGUGAGCGAUGCGCCUUUCGACCAGUCGAAACCCGCGAUCCCGGAUUGGCUUUGACCGACAGCCCGCUCGCCCUAUCGACGCCCGCAGCUCUGUGAAGGCACACGACUGAUGUUCCAGGCGGCCAAUCGACUCCCGCGGAGUUCAGGAAGCGAGGCCGGGGGAACGGGGCGGGGCGGCGGGCUCUAACCGUCUCGGCGUGCGCUCUCAAGGCAGCAUGCUGGGAGCGCGUGACGCGACCCGGAGUGGCGGGCGCCGCGCCCAAUAGCGCACCGCCGUCGGCCGAGCGCGCCCAAUGAGCGCGGGCGGAGCGGCGAGUGGGCGGUGCGGCGCCCGCGGCCGGGUAGGGUGUGAGAAGUUAGUGGCGCUGCUGCGGUGCCGUGAGGGGACGGAGACGGCUGGGCUCUGCGAGCGGCGGCGGCCCCCACCAGCGCGAUGCUCACGGACGGCACCGCCGCCCCCGUCGGCGACGAGGAGAUCGACUCGGUCGCUCCUCGCGCGCCGCCCGCCGCCGAGCCGCCCGCCGCGGCCGGGCCUUCCCCGUUGGGCUUGCGGGCCGUGCGCCUCUUCGGGGAGGCCGGGCCCGGCGGGCCGGGAGGCCCCGGUGCGCCCGCGGCCGGCGAGGCCGCCCUCGACUUCAAGCUGGCGGCCGCCGUGCUGCGGAGCGGGGGCGGUGGCGGCUCCGGCAGCGACGAGGACGAGGUGUCCGAGGUUGAAUCAUUUAUUUUGGACCAAGAAGAUCUUGAUAACCCAGUACUUAAAACCACGUCGGAGUUAUUCUUAUCGAGUGCUGCAGAAGGUGCGGACUUGAGAACCGUGGAUCCAGAAACACAAGCAAGACUAGAAGCCUUACUGGAGGCAGCAGGAAUUGGUAAAUUGUCCACUGCUGAUGGUAAAGCCUUCGCAGAUCCUGAGGUUCUCCGGAGACUGACGUCCUCUGUCAGCUGCGCACUGGAUGAAGCUGCUGCUGCAUUGACGCGGAUGAGAGCAGAGAACAAUCACAAUGCAGGACAAGUGGACAAUCGCAGUUUGGCAGAAGCAUGCUCGGAUGGGGAUGUAAAUGCUGUCCGGAAGCUGCUGGAUGAAGGAAGAAGCGUGAAUGAACAUACUGAAGAAGGGGAGAGUCUCCUUUGCUUGGCCUGUUCAGCAGGAUAUUAUGAAUUGGCACAAGUGCUACUAGCAAUGCAUGCAAACGUUGAAGAUCGAGGGAAUAAAGGAGACAUAACUCCCUUAAUGGCAGCUGCCAGCGGAGGCUAUGUAGAUAUUGUUAAACUUCUCCUUGUUCAUUGUGCAGAUGUCAACGCACAGUCUUCAACAGGGAACACGGCCCUCACUUACGCGUGUGCUGGGGGCUUUGUUGACAUAGUGAAGGUGCUAUUGAAAGCCGGUGCUAAUAUAGAAGACCACAAUGAGAAUGGGCAUACCCCCUUAAUGGAAGCAGCCAGUGCAGGUCAUGUUGAGGUUGCAAGAGUAUUGCUGGAAUACGGUGCGGGAAUCAACACUCACUCCAACGAGUUCAAAGAAAGUGCACUUACGCUUGCAUGCUAUAAAGGCCAUUUAGACAUGGUUCGUUUUUUGCUUGAAGCUGGAGCUGAUCAAGAACAUAAGACGGAUGAGAUGCACACGGCGCUAAUGGAGGCCUGCAUGGAUGGGCACGUGGAAGUGGCACGCUUGCUUUUGGACAGUGGUGCUCAAGUGAACAUGCCUGCAGAUUCAUUUGAAUCUCCACUCACUCUGGCUGCUUGUGGUGGACACGUGGAGUUAGCAGCUCUCCUGAUUGAAAGGGGAGCUAACCUGGAGGAAGUUAACGACGAAGGUUAUACUCCUCUAAUGGAAGCUGCCCGGGAAGGCCAUGAAGAGAUGGUAGCCUUGCUACUAGCACAGGGGGCAAAUAUAAACGCACAGACGGAAGAAACACAGGAAACAGCUCUUACUCUGGCAUGUUGUGGAGGGUUUUCUGAAGUAGCUGACUUCCUUAUUAAGGCAGGAGCUGAUAUAGAACUCGGUUGCUCAACACCUUUGAUGGAAGCUGCUCAAGAGGGUCAUCUUGAAUUGGUGAAAUACUUGCUGGCAGCAGGAGCUAAUGUUCAUGCCACCACAGCGACGGGAGAUACAGCUCUGACCUAUGCCUGUGAAAAUGGACACACUGACGUCGCAGACGUGUUGCUUCAAGCUGGUGCCGAUUUGGACAAGCAGGAGGACUUAAAGAAGACUAUUUUGGAGGGCAUAGAGCCGGGCAAGCAUCAGGAGCAUGAAUCUGAGGGUGGGAGAACCCCACUGAUGAAGGCUGCGCGAGCUGGUCAUUUAUGCACUGUGCAAUUCCUUAUUAGCAAAGGUGCCAAUGUCAACAGGGCUACGGCUAAUAAUGACCACACGGUGGUGUCGCUGGCGUGUGCGGGAGGCCACCUGGCCGUUGUUGAGCUCCUUCUGGCUCACGGUGCAGAUCCUACUCAUCGGCUCAAGGAUGGUUCAACAAUGCUCAUUGAAGCUGCCAAAGGAGGACAUACAAAUGUUGUUUCUUACUUGCUGGAUUACCCAAACAAUGUUUUGUCGGUUCCUGCAGCAGACCUGUCUCAGCUCACACCUCCAUCUCAGGAUCAGUCUCAGGUUCCACGCGUACCAGUGCACACGCUUGCUAUGGUUGUACCUCCCCAGGAACCUGACAGAACCCCUCAAGAGAACUCGCCACCUCUCUUGGGAGUGGUGAAAGGUGCAUCCAAGCAGAAGUCAAGUUCCCUGCAGGUAGCAGAUAAGGACCUACUGCCACCUUUUCACCCAUACCAGCCUUUGGAAUGCAUAGUAGAAGAGACUGAAGGCAAGCUGAAUGAACUUGGACAGAGAAUUAGUGCUAUUGAAAAAGCACAACUUAAAUCAUUGGAAUUAAUUCAAGGUGAACCUUUAAAUAAAGAUAAGAUUGAAGAACUUAAAAAGAACAGAGAAGAACAAGUGCAGAAGAAGAAGAAAAUAUUGAAGGAGCUGCAGAAGGUGGAAAGGCAGUUGCAGAUGAAAACCCAACAGCAGUUUACCAAAGAAUAUUUGGAGACCAAAGGUCAGACAGACACAGCACUUCCCCUGCAGCAGCAGUGCCCACUUACAGGGGUCUUCCCAGACGUGGAAGCUGAUAAGGGUCUGCCAGAGGAUAACUUUUCAGAGUUACCUCAGGCUGACACAAUCUUGUCUAAAGAGGACGAGCAACAACAGUCUCCACCACCUGCUGAACAAAUAGAGUUUGUCCCUAUCCAGCCUUUGCCAGCAUCGCAAUGUAAUUUUUCUGGUAAUUUAGGUUAUAAUGGGACAGAGUCUCUUGAACUUCAGAAAGCAUUAGGGAAUCAGCAGAAUGUAGGACAGCAGCAGCAAAUUGCUGGGCAGGGGCUCUUAGUUCAAGAACCAGACGGAUUAAUGGUUGCCACUCCAGCACAGACGCUUACCGACACUCUUGAUGACCUAAUAGCAGCUGUGAAUAGCAGAGUGCCCAGUGGCGCCACCAGCUCCUCGCACACUACGGAAUCCCCUACGCCCGAGCCUUGCUCCCAGGCGUCGAGCAACGUGCCCUCGCAGUCGGUGCUCCCUAUGUAUCCUUCAGUUGACAUCGAUGCACAUACUGAAAGUAAUCAUGACACUGCUCUGACCCUCGCGUGUGCAGGAGGUCAUGAAGAACUAGUAUCUGUACUGAUAGCACGUGGUGCCAAUAUUGAACACAGAGACAAGAAGGGUUUUACGCCUUUGAUUCUGGCUGCAACUGCCGGACAUGUUGGCGUAGUGGAAAUUCUACUAGACAAAGGUGGGGAUAUAGAAGCACAGUCUGAGCGCACAAAGGAUACUCCGCUUUCGUUGGCGUGCUCCGGUGGGCGUCAAGAGGUUGUCGAUUUGCUGUUGGCCCGGGGAGCAAAUAAGGAACAUAGGAAUGUGUCUGAUUAUACGCCAUUAAGCCUCGCUGCAUCUGGUGGCUAUGUUAAUAUCAUCAAGAUUCUUCUCAAUGCUGGGGCAGAAAUUAAUUCAAGGACCGGCAGUAAGCUGGGUAUUUCUCCUCUGAUGCUGGCUGCUAUGAAUGGCCAUGUACCUGCUGUGAAACUGUUGCUUGACAUGGGUUCUGAUAUUAAUGCCCAAAUUGAGACCAACCGGAAUACGGCCCUCACCCUGGCCUGUUUCCAGGGCCGAGCGGAGGUGGUCAGUCUGCUUUUGGACAGGAAGGCCAAUGUCGAGCACAGGGCAAAGACUGGUCUCACGCCUCUGAUGGAAGCUGCUUCAGGAGGGUAUGCAGAGGUUGGAAGGGUUCUCCUUGAUAAAGGAGCAGAUGUUAAUGCUCCACCUGUGCCUUCCUCAAGAGAUACAGCUUUAACAAUUGCAGCAGAUAAGGGUCACUACAAGUUCUGUGAGCUCCUGAUUAAUCGAGGAGCGCAUAUUGAUGUUCGUAACAAGAAAGGAAACACACCUCUGUGGCUGGCAGCUAACGGUGGUCACUACGACGUGGUUCAGUUGCUUGUGCAAGCGGGAGCAGAUGUGGAUGCUGCAGAUAAUCGGAAAAUUACACCUCUCAUGUCAGCAUUUCGCAAGGGGCAUGUGAAAGUAGUUCAGUUCCUGGUGAAGGAAGUUAACCAGUUUCCUUCGGACAUUGAAUGCAUGCGAUACAUAGCAACGAUAACUGACAAGGACUUGUUGAAAAAGUGUCACCAGUGUGUGGAGACGAUUGUGAAAGCUAAAGACCAGCAGGCUGCAGAAGCAAAUAAGAAUGCAACUAUAUUGCUGAAGGAGCUAGACCUGGAAAAAUCAAGAGAGGAGAGCAGAAAACAAGCUCUUGCAGCUAAAAGGGAGAAAAGAAAGGAAAAGAGAAAGAAGAAAAAAGAAGAACAAAAAAGAAAACAAGAAGAAGAUGAAGAAAACAAGCCUAAAGAAACUCUGGAACUGCAAGAAGAUGAUGAUGAAGAAGAAAAUGAUGAUGAAGUGGAGCAAGAAGUUCCGAUAGAGCCUCCUAGUGCAACUACUACAACCACAAUUGGAAUUUCUGCAACUUCAACUACUUUCACAAAUGCCUUUGGGAAGAAGAGAGCUAAUGUGGUGACUACCCCCAGCACAAAUAGAAAAAAUAAAAAAAAUAAAACGAAAGAGACUCCUCAGAAUAUGCAGAUAAUUUUGCCAGAUCAGCAUAUAUCUCUAGCGCAGCAAAAAGCAGAUAAAAAUAAAAUAAAUGGAGAGCCAAGAGGUGGUGGUGCAAGUGGGAAUAGUGAUUCAGAUAACUUGGACAGCACAGAUUGCAAUAGCGAAAGUAGCAGUGGAGGUAAAAGCCAAGAGCUGAACUUCACCAUGGAUACAAAUUCCUCUGAGCGGCGCUAUGCCUCGUUGCUUAUCCCCUCUCAGGAAGAAAAAACGAGCACCUCGGCUUCAAAACCACCAACUAGGAGGGAAGAAGUUGAUGACUCUGACCAUUUCACCUGCCAGGUUGAUGGGCAGUUUGAUUUAACUUUGUCGAGCCAGAGACUUGACAGUGAAGGUCAUUCAAAUUCUUUGUCAAGUACUUACAAGCCUGUUUCCCUGCCUCUGACCUCUCCAAACGUAAAGCUGAAUCUGACUAGUCCAAAAAGAGGCCAGAAAAGAGAAGAAGGCUGGAAAGAAGUGGUUAGAAGGCAAGUAGGCAGAGUUUUGAAAGACCCUCCCCCUACCAACAAUCUGCAGCCAACACCGAUUGAGCAAUUCCAGCUGCAGAGAGGAGGACGCUGCUGUUCCGGAGCAAAAAGGUCAAAGAAGUUGUCUGUCCCAGCUUCUGUUGUAUCUAGAAUAAUGGGAAGAGGUGGGUGCAACAUCACAGCAAUCCAGGAUGUCACUGGUGCCCACAUUGACGUUGAUAAGCAAAAAGAUAAGAAUGGAGAGAGAAUGAUCACUAUAAGGGGUGGUACCGAGUCAACGCGAUACGCAGUGCAACUCAUCAAUGCCCUUAUUCAAGAUCCUGCCAAGGAACUGGAAGACUUGAUUCCUAAAACUCAUAUAAGAACACCUACUUCGAGCACCAAAUCAAUCCAUUCAAACUUCUCAUCUGGAGUCAGCACUGCGACUGCUUCAAACAAGAACUCCUUUCCUCUCGGAGCACCGCCCCUAGUCACAUCGCAGUCAUCAACACUAUCUACUUUCCAGCCUACUAACAAAUUAAACAAGAAUGUCCCAGCGAAUGUCCGCUCGUCUUUUCCGGUGUCUCUUCCUCUAGCUUAUUCUCACCCUCAUUUUGCCUUGCUGGCUGCCCAAACUAUGCAACAGAUCCGGCACCCUCGCUUACCUAUGGCCCAAUUUGGAGGAACUUUUUCACCUUCACCGAACACUUGGGGACCAUUCCCAGUGAGACCAGUUAACCCUGGCAGCACAAACAGCUCUCCAAAGCAUAAUAGUUCGAGUCGUGUAGGUAGUCAGAAUGGAAAUAUUUUACAGACGGAGUCUCCUGGAUUAGCUACUUCUACUUGUCCCAUUACUGUCUCUUCUGUAGCUGCUUCCACCCAACCGCUGUGUGCAACCACCAGUCGGACUCCCUCUUCGGUCAGAAAGCAGCUGUUCGCCUGCGUUCCCAAGACGAGUGCUGCAGCAACGGCAAUCUCAACUGUGACGAGCACCUGUAGCACUCUGCCUUCAGCUUCCUCUGCCCCCCACAACAACGGGCAAGUGCCCACAGCGUUUCUGCCAUCUAAUGCUCCACAAACACAGCAUUCCGCACUUAAAGCGGACUCCUUCUCAGCUGUCUCAGCACCCAAAGAGAAGGUGUCAACAGCAGACCAGCCCGCUGCAAGCGCAGGCGCGCCAUCUUCGGUUGCAAGUAGUUGCAGUAUGACGGCUAGCAGCAACUCGGGAGUCACCGAAACUCGCCCGUCAAGCAGCCCUGCACCGCUAAAUAAUGUCCAAGAUGAAGUACUGCCAUCCAGGAUGUCAGAGAUCAAUCCUUCCAUGUCAAUGCCUUUUUCAUCCAGCUCAGAAACUGCUCCUUUAAGCUUAGCAUCACCCAGGUCGGUUGUUGCAGAUAAUCAGGACAACAGUAACUUACCUCAAGUAGCUGUACCAGCACCUCGAGUCACUCACAGGAUGCAGUCCAGAGGUUCUUUCUAUUCAGUGGUACCAAAUGCAAACCUCCAUCAAGAUCCUCAGUCCAUUUUUGUUACGAAUCAAGUUCCUUUAACACCUUCCCAAGGUCCACCUGCUGCAGUGCAGCUUUCGUCAGCCAUGAACGUUAUGAACGGUUCUCAGAUGCACAUUAACCCAGCAAGCAAAUCAUUGCCUCCUACCUUUGGGCCAGCAACGCUCUUCAAUCACUUUAGUAGUCUUUUUGAUAGCAACCAGGUGCCAGCUAACCAAGGAUGGGGAGACUGUCCACUCUCUACCCGAGCAGCCGCUGACCCAUCUUUCACUGUUCAGUCUACCUUUCUGAAUAACUCUGUGCUAGGACACGUGGAAAACGUGCAUCCUGACAAUUCCAAGGCUCCUGGUUUCAGGCCACCUUCCCAACGGGUUUCGACUAGUCCUGUAGGCUUACCCUCUCUAGAUCCAUCCAACAGCUCUACAACUUCUUCUUCAGGUCCUUUGACAGGCUUUUCAGCAAACAUACAAGGAGCACGGGUUUACCUUCAAGGGCCAGCGCCUGUUGGGACUCCCAGCUUUAACAGACAGCAUUUUUCACCACAUCCUUGGACAAGCGCAACAAAUUCAUCAGGUGAAUCUCCUAUUCCAUCAGUUUCCUCAGGAUCAUCCUCGCCCCUUUCAGCCACUUCCGCACCUUCUAACUUGGGCCAGCCAAAAACGGGUAACGCCAAUCAAGAUCGAAAGGUACCCCCUCCCAUCGGGACAGAAAGGCUUGCUAGAAUUCGGCAGGGAGGAUCUGUCACUCCUACGCCCUUAGGAACCAACUUCACCGCUCCUGUCGGUCAUAGCGGUAUUUGGUCCUUUGGAGUUAACAGCGUAUCUGAAGGCUUGUCAGGUUGGUCUCAGCCUGUCAUGGGAAAUCAUCCGAUGCAUCAGCAGCUGUCAGACCCCGGCACGUUUUCUCAGCAUCAGCCAAUGGAGAGAGAUGAUUCUGGAAUAGUGGCUCCCUCGAAUAUUUUCCACCAACCUAUGCCAAAUAGUUUCGUGGAUUUUUCUAAAGGCCUACCGAUUUCCAUGUAUGGCGGCACUCUAAUACCCUCGCACCCUCAGCUGGCAGAUGGCCCGGGAGGCCCCCUCUUUAAUGGUCUCCAUACUCCAGAUCCUGCCUGGAAUCCCAUGAUCAAGGUUGUCCAGAACUCAACAGAAUGUACUGAUGCUCAGCAGAUUUGGCCUGGCACCUGGGCACCUCACAUUGGAAACAUGCAUCUCAAGUACGUCAACUGAUUUAAGGGGAUCUGUCCUUUUUUUUAGCCUUGUUUGGGAAUCUUUAUGAUCUUGAAGAACCCUGGGGAUUUUUUUUAAUGUGCCUAACCAAGCAAUUUUAUGUGGGCUGUAACAAUGGAAACUUAAUUGCCCGUUGUAUAAGAACAAAUUGAUUUACCUAUACAAACUGAUUCUGUUCUCCAGUUAGUUCUGCCAUUUUGAUCUUAAGAAUCAGACAAAACUAGUGCUUUUGGCUAAACACUACCGAACGCUGUUUGUAUGCAGCAGAGUACUAGCUGAUUACAUGAUUUCGACCUUUUAGGGUGGUAAAUACAUGUAUAAUUGUUUACAUACUUAAAAGGAACAGCUGAGUAAAUUUCGUGUCCUAUAGUGGCUCUACUUUAUGUAGCCUGUAUUAAUGUGAAAUAUUUACCUGAAUAAUUCAAUAAAAGGCGAACAGUAUUUAUAGGUUGUGUGUGAGAAUUUUGGAAGAGGCUGUAUGUUGUUGUCACCGGUAGCUGCUGCCGUGAUGCAGCUUUUCAGGGUCACGUAAGGAGCCACGUGGGUGCAGUCAGGGUUUGGGGGAGGGUUUUGACCCACAGUUGUCUGCGAUACAAGGUCUGCUGAGUCCUUCCCCCUGCCACUUGUUUGCCCUUUUUUUUGUGUGUGUGUGUGAACAUAGUUGUUGCGUUGUUUUGUUUUGUUUUUUUUUUUCUUUCUGGAUUAGUUCUGCUGCUUCUAACACUCUUUCGAGGUAGGUUUUGUUCAGGGGCUGGAAAUAAGGGCUGAGCUGACAAACGUGGCAACUGAUGGCAUCUUAAUUUGCAGGAGGUUUAAUAGGGAGUUUGUAGGUAAAUGCGGGGUUUCUUCACCUGACUCACUGUGACCAGCUGCCUAGAAGUAGAUCUUAGGAAAGCAGAGACCACUUCCCACAGGAGAAAAACAUAAUAUAUUAAAUUCUAAGCUCUUUGUAGCCCUUUAAAUCUCGUAAGAGCUCCUCAAGUCCUUUCCAUGAGGAAGAAGGGGAUUUUUGCAUACCGCUUAAGAUGAACGUUCGUUCUCUACUCCGGUGCAGAAGUUCUCCACUUCCAGCACUUGGACUACACUUACUUCUGCUUUUGCUCAGUGGCGAUGCAGUAACUGCACUGAAUAUUUGGUCCAUACAGCGCAUGUAGUGUCCAAUCUAAUGGUGGACUGCUUCCAGUGGUGUCUCGGAGCAAAUGGAGACUUCUCUGCCUUCCUCCACCUUCUCCAGACACACCCUUACAUGCAGCAGCAGAGGUUCCCCGGGAAAAGCACGAGGAAGGAGUACUGAAAACCCACAGUGCACAAAGCAAUACCUGAGUACUGCAGGCAGGCAAACCUCAGAAAUGCUCCUGGGUGCUAUAUUCAGCUAUUUUUCCUAGUAUUUGAGGAAGAAAGGCAAAAACCCUUGAGCUGCUGCUGCCCCCCCGAUAGUGCAAAUGCCAAAGGAGAUGUUAAGAGUGUUAACAGUAACUGAAUUGAAAACAAGAGGUGUGUCGGUGCAGUAGGUGUUCGCUCUGGGGUGAGCUGCAGGGAGGGCAGGGUGUGGUGGGCCGAAGGCCCCUCCCCACUGCUGUGGGCUCCAUGGGCACCACCGCCACCUCCUGCCCCAUCCCGGGGAGCUGCCAUCUCCCCAUCCCGGAGGGCUACAGCUCCACGCCGGGUGGCACCGUCUACUCCACCACGCCAGGGGGUAAGACCCAGCACGGGGAUGGGGUUGUCCCUUAAAAGGAAGGGUGGCCACAGCUGCCCCAUCCCUUCUUAGCUCCUUCCUGAGUGGGUCUUCUCCUGGGCUCUCCACCUUCCAGCUUGGUCCCUGGGGUCAUGGGCACCUGCUCUGGGCACCAGAUCCAGGCAGGCCCAUGGGACGGUGGCUUCCCUGGCAGCCCAGAGCUGGAGGGGGAAAGGGAACCCCAAAGUUUUGUAGGAAGAUACUGUUAGAAGUUAGGGCCGUUGUUGCCCCGUGGUACUGGGGGGAGCAGGCAGAGGUAGUGCCGGUGCUGGCUCCGCUGGGGAGCGGGCUGAUGGCCAUGCCGCUGGGGUGGUGGAUGCAGCGCUGGUCCCUCGGGGGCAGGUCAUGCCCAGGCACGGCUGGCUGGAGCUGGGGGAGGCACAGGGGACUAGCGCAAGUCUGCUCCCACCCGAGUUCACCAGCCCUGGGGGAAGGUGCGGGGUGGCACGGCUCCCUCCAGGGGUACCCUGGGCCUGCCCUCUUUCCCCCCUUCCAGUCUCUUCACCAAAGCCCCUGGUUCAGCUGUCAAGCAGGUCCUUUUCUUUGCUGUCUGUCCUCAGGGUAGCGGGUGCCCCGUCCCUGAGCUGGGCAUGUUUCGGUUGAGCCGCAGAUGCCCACCCUGUGGGCGCUGGCUCCAUUGUGUGCCUCCAAUGAGCUUACCUGCGGCUGGGAGCCAGGCCCGGGGCUGGCGGGGCCACAGCUUGCUCCAGCGUGUUUGUGGUGCCAGGAAGGGCCUGGCCUGCGCAGGAGCUCCAGGCUCGCGGCUGGAGCCUGGCAGGAAACCGGAGCGCGGUUGCACGGACAGCCAGGCAGGAGAAGGCAGACGUGGUGCAGGGCAGUAGACACGGCAUGCCGGCUGGCGUGACAGCGGGGAUCGCUGGCAGGUGCAGGGGGUGGCAGCGAAUGCCCUGGGGGAGCACUGCCCUGGGGCUGUACGCCCCGCAGGCUGGCAUGCUGGUGGAGGUGUCCCAUCAAGCCCAGUGCCUUGUCUUCCUGCAGGGCACAGCAGGGUGGCUCGCUGGCUGAGCUGAUGGGAACUGGUCCCCAGGUACAGCUCCCCAUGGUGCCAACGGCAGGGCACCCAGCCUCUGCUGUUGGAUGGCUGCAGGGAGCCACCUCUGAGCAGCCACCUCUGGGCAGGGUGUGCUGGGGACCUGCCUGGCUGUCGGGCUGGGGCUGUGUGACGAGUGCCCCAGGGGGCCCUGCCUUCCAGGCAGCACAGGGGUGGCUGCGGUGUCACCUGCCAUGGGGCAUCCGCGUCGAGGCUGGACCCCCCCUGCACCGUGCCCUGGCAGAGCUCCAGGUGCCUCAAGGGGAGGAACAGCGUGGGGAGGAGCUGCUGGGCAGGAUGGGUGUCACAGUCUGCCACGUGGGAAGCCCCACAGUGGCUCCAGAGCCAGCCGUGUGCUCGAGCUGUGGCCAAGCGCUGGCUCCCACCCCCUGCUCUGGGCUCAGGCCAUGGUGCUUGGAGACGGGGGCGGCCAGGGGCCAGCAGUGCCUUGACAGCCUCCUGCUUUUGGCAGGUACCCGCAUCAUCUACGACCGCAAGUUCCUGCUGGAGUGCAAGAAUUCACCCGUGGCCAGGACCCCUCCCUGCUGCCUGCCCCAGAUCCCCGGUGUCACAUCCCUGGCCCAGUCCAGCCUCG